AAAAGCCUCGGUGGGACUCCGACGUCUAGGGAGUUGUAGCCGCUACCAGAAAUAUCGAUGAGCCUUUACCCUGAGGUUUAGAACGGCAGCUCUUUCUGGGGCAAAUACAAAGAGCGUGUUUCUUCCCACAAAUUAGUGGCAUAACCUCCCGCUGUAUGGAUUCAGCUGGCAAAGUAACUCAAGCCUUGUCCUGACUGCAAGGGUGGGCGGGGUGGACGGCUCGGUGUUCUGCCCGUUGUGCCUUACGCUCCAGGUGCUGGUCUACGCGGGCCUGGACAGUCAGGGGUAGGAGCGGGAGCCGAGAGGAGGCGGAGGAGAUGGCGUCCCAGCCGCCACCUCCCCCCAAACCCUGGGAGACCCGCCGAAUUCCGGGAGCCGGACCGGGACCAGGACCGGGCCCCACUUUCCAAUCUGCUGAUUUGGGUCCUACUUUAAUGACAAGACCUGGACAACCAGCACUUACCAGAGUGCCCCCACCUAUUCUUCCAAGGCCAUCACAGCAGACAGGAAGUAGCAGUGUGAACACUUUUAGACCUGCUUACAGUUCAUUUUCUUCUGGAUAUGGUGCCUAUGGAAAUUCAUUUUAUGGAGGCUAUAGUCCUUAUAGUUAUGGAUAUAAUGGGCUGGGCUACAACCGCCUCCGUGUAGAUGAUCUUCCACCCAGUAGAUUUGUUCAGCAAGCUGAAGAAAGCAGCAGGGGUGCAUUUCAGUCCAUUGAAAGUAUUGUGCAUGCAUUUGCCUCUGUCAGUAUGAUGAUGGAUGCUACCUUUUCAGCUGUCUAUAACAGUUUCAGGGCUGUAUUGGAUGUAGCAAAUCACUUUUCCCGAUUGAAAAUACACUUUACAAAAGUGUUUUCAGCUUUUGCAUUAGUUAGGACUAUACGGUAUCUUUACAGACGGCUACAGCGGAUGUUAGGUUUAAGAAGAGGCUCUGAGAAUGAAGACCUCUGGGCAGAGAGUGAAGGAACUGUGGCAUGCCUUGGUGCUGAGGACCGAGCAGCUACCUCAGCAAAAUCUUGGCCAAUAUUCUUGUUCUUUGCUGUUAUCCUUGGUGGUCCUUACCUCAUUUGGAAACUAUUGUCUACUCACAGUGAUGAAGUAACAGACAGCAUCAACUGGGCAAGUGGUGAGGAUGACCAUGUAGUUGCCAGAGCAGAAUAUGAUUUUGCUGCCGUAUCUGAAGAAGAAAUUUCUUUCCGGGCUGGUGAUAUGCUGAACUUAGCUCUCAAAGAACAACAACCCAAAGUGCGUGGUUGGCUUCUGGCUAGCCUUGAUGGCCAAACAACAGGACUUAUACCUGCGAAUUAUGUCAAAAUUCUUGGUAAAAGAAAAGGUAGGAAAACGGUGGAAUCAAGUAAAGUUUCCAAGCAGCAACAAUCUUUUACCAACCCAACACUAACUAAAGGAGCCACGGUUGCUGAUUCUUUGGAUGAACAGGAAGCUGCCUUUGAAUCUGUUUUUGUUGAAACUAAUAAGGUUCCAGUUGCACCUGAUUCCAUUGGGAAAGAUGGAGAAAAGCAAGAUCUUUGAUAUCUUUCAUGUUUGCCUGCAUUGAACAAUACUUUAGAGUACUUUUUAAAAUUAUUUCUCACAAAGAAAUGAAUGUACAAUCCAAUGAAAACAUUUGUUAUUGGCUAUUCCAGGUGUUUUGCUGCUAGAAAUUAUUAAAGUUACACACUAGUAUGUUGGUCUGGUGACCUGGUUACAUUUUAUUAUACACAUCAUUGGACCAUAAGGACAUUUGUUUCACCUAGAUUUUAAGAUUAUGGAGACUGCUGUCAUUUUUAUCUUAUUUAAAUCUCUAGGUUUAUUGGAAGAGUAAGAUUGAUGAACUAUAGCAUGCACAGUUUGGUACAGUAGGGAUCAUUAAUACUUUAAAAAGUUCUACAUUAAUUGACUUGGAAUCCUUAGAAAUGGAGUGGUAACAUGUCAGUAGGAGAACAGGCAAAAGGUAAAUUUUUUUUUUUUUUUACAACCUUAAGUAAUCUCAAUAAUAAAAUUUUCUGAUCUGUAUUA